AUGGAUGGAUUAUUCGUCCGAGAGAGAGUUUUCGGUUCAAAAACGCUCAUCCUCUUUGCAGGAUUUUCUUUUUUUCGUUCUCGCAACAACACGGCGAAGAUUGACGGCGACGUCGCCACGGUUGGGAUCACCGACCACGCGCAAGCGGAAUUAGGCGACAUCGUCUACGUGGAACUCCCAGAAGUUGGCUCCGCGAUGGAAGCGACCAAGUCUUUCGGCGUCGUCGAAUCCGUAAAGGCGGCUUCGGACGUGUACUCGCCGAUUUCCGGCACCGUCAUCGAAAUCAACGAAGCGUUGAACGAUUCGCCGGGUACGGUGAACGACUCGCCGUUUGAAGGCGGGUGGUUGAUGAAGGUCAAGGUUUCCGACGUGCCGGGUUCGUUGAUGGACGCCGCGGCGUACGAGAAGAGCAUCGCGUAA